ACCUGAGGUAAAAACAACCGGCGCCAUAACAUUAGAUUUCAGCAUGUCAAAGGAUUAUUUUAGUACCCUGUCUACCACAGAGGAAAAGUUUCUAGAGCAGGAAGUCGACUGAAAAUCCCAUCAUACAGUGCGAAGAUCAUAAGUUUGAGGAAAGCCGGGUGCAUGAUCAGAACAGAAACUAUCAUCCCGUACAUUGAGGACAGGACUGCGGUGCCUUAACGCAGAGAUGGCUCCACGGAUUGAUGAUAUCAUGCGACUGUGCUGUGAAUUAUCAGCUCAUGAUCAGAUCAAAGUCGCGGUGAAAAACUCCACCAAAGGAGCGAUGGUGGCAGGAGGAACUGCCUUUCUAGGAGGGCUGCUCGGUGGACCUCCAGGAAUCGCUGUUGGUGGAGCGGUAGGUGGUCUCUUGGGGAGCUGGCUGACAAGCGGCCAGUUCAGGCCUCUGCCUCAGAUCCUGAUGGAGCUGCCACCUGCCGAGCAACAGAAGCUCUGCAGUGAUAUUAUGGCUGUCCUAGGCAACCUGAACUGGAUGGAUGCAGCCCAGCUCAUUGCCCUGGUGAUGGGCAACGCCAGUCUCCAGCAGCAGGUCGUUGCCACACUGCUUAACUUUGUCACAAAGGAACUGAAAGCAGAGGUGCGUUAUCAAGACUGAAUUAUGGUGACACAUAAUUCAGGAGUCCAGCCUGACAAACACCACAGGACUCCUUUACAAUGUGAAGGUUUAUUUUUGUAUUUAAUUGGAAAAACUAUGAAUAAUAGGUGUUAGAUUACAGAUGAUGUCAUGACUUUAUCACAAUAAGCUGUUUGCUAUCAUCACUUAAAAGAAACCAAUCACUGACAGUCACUGUAGGAAUUUACCUGCAUUACCCAAUAAUGAAUGGAUUGUGACCAUCGCACAAAUAAUGUUUUGUACAUCAGAUGGAUGUCAACAUCAAUUUUUCUAUGUUUUUUUUUAACUAUGUAACUUAUGGUGCCUGGGGAGUCAUCUAUUCUGGACAAGAGUAGAGUCUCCUUAUUUCCGCACUCUGUAUCAGGGUGGUUUUGGUAUACCUCUGUUUAGGAAUGACAGAUCAAAUAAAACAUUUGACACUGCUCA